AUCACCCGUCAGAACAAAACGCCGCUGGCCGUUUAGCAGUGCGCGAUGGUCGGCAGAACGCUAGUAGCGGUUGGUGUUCUCAGUGGGUCCUCGCUAGUUAGUGUGAUGGUGAGGAGCAAAGGAAACAACGUCGGCUGCUGUGCCGCUUCUGACGACAGCUAGCUGGUGAUGGCAGCCCGCCCCGUCUCCUCGCCAGUGCCUCGGCCCGCCGUCCCAGACGGGCUCUACCGCAAGGAGCGGGACCCCUCGUCGCCCUGCCCCUCUCCCUCAUCCUCCCGGCGUCGGCCGGUCCGCUCGCUGCCCGACGUGUGCCCCAAAGAGCCCACCGGCGAUGCACGGGGCCUACGCGAGGGUCCGUCUGUGGUCUCGGAGCACGACCGCUGGACGGUUUACAGUUCCAAGGUCAACCUGCCGGCGGCCCUCAACGACCCGAGGCUGGCCAAACGCGAGUCGGACUUCUUCACCAAGACCUGGGGUUUGGAUUUUGCCGAGACGGAGGUGAUGCCGUCCUUCUGCCUCGGCAACAUCACGCAGGAACACUUCCGCGCGUACCUUCAGGAGAGCGCGCAGAGGGAACGAAUCCACGAACGAUGCAAGACUCUUUGUCCAGUCAAAGACGACUUUGCGGACGCCAUCUAUAGCGUCAACACCAACCAAGAAAAGUCGAGAGCAGAGUUGGACCAAGUUCCCAAGAUUUUCCUGAAACCCGACUUUGCCCUGGAGGAGCCGGUGACCUUUAACGCCGUCCUGCCGUGGUCGCACUUCAACGGCGGCGGGCGCAGCAGCCGUGACGUGGCCUCCUCCAAACUGCUGCAAGAGAAGCUGAGUCACUACCUGGACGUGGUGGAGGUGAGCAUCGCGCGGCAGAUCUCGCUGCGCUCCGAGGCCUUCUUCCACGCCAUGUCGUCUCAGCACGAGCUGCGGGACCGCCUAAAGGAGACGCAGGAGGCGGUGGCCGUUCUACGGCGCCGCACCGCCGCCAUCGACCGCAUCAUGUGCCAGGGCCCGCUGGCGGCCCUGCGCGCCGCCCUGGCGCGCAACAACUGCGUCAAGCUACACGGCAAGCUAAAGCUAAUGGCGGCCGUGCACCAGACGCAGCCCACCGUGCAGCUGCUGCUCUCCACCUCUGAGUUUGUGGGAGCGCUGGAGCUCAUCGCCACCACCAAGGAGGUCCUGCAGCAGGAGCUGCAAGGCAUCCACAGCUUCAGACACCUGGGCUCUCAGCUGUGCGAGCUGGAGAAGCUGAUUGACAAGAUGAUGGUGGAGGACUUCAGCAUGUACGCACGCAGCGAGCUCAACCGCAGCCUGAGGGACGACACGCAGCUCCUGGAGAAGGAGCGUCUUCAGUCACUGGUGUUUGGCCUGCUGCGCCAGAGAAAGUUGGACUUUUUGGACAUUUACGGCGACGAGAUGAUUGCAGCGGCCAAGGCCAUCGUGUCCCAGUGCGUCGCCGAGCGGCUCCUGUCCAUCGAUGACAUCGACACGGAAGUCGUCACCAAGUUGGCCGAGCAGAUGCGUCUGAUGACCUUCCCUCAGUGGUUUGAGUUCCUCAAGGACGUCUUCGACUGCUUCCUGCUUUUCCUCCACAGGAUGAAGGCCACGCUCGGCGUGAUCCGCUCGGUGGUCUUAGAGGUUCUGGAAUCCGCCCGAAAGAAUUCCUCGGCGGAGAAGUCCCACCCGGAGCAGCUUCGGUCUCACGAGGCGGCCGGCACGUGCGUGGACGUCGCCGAGUUGGCCUACCUCACGCACGACGGCCCCUUUAUCAGCGACGCCCUCCACGGCGCCCAGCAAGCCAGAGCGGCGACGCCGCCGGGGACGCCGGACGCUGACUCAGCAUCUGGAGAGCAGAACUUCAUGUACAACAGUGCCGGCGACACGAUGCCGUCCGACUUGGAGCUGAACCGCGUGCUCAACAACAUCCAGGAGCUUCUGCACGCCGCCUCCGACAUCAGCCAUGACCGCUGCGUCAAGAUCCUCACCGCCAGAGCCAAGGACGGUUCUCUGGAGCGCAUCAGCUCGGCCGAGUUUGUGGACCUCUCGGUGGCGGUGGAGUCCUUCGCCAAGGACACGGAGGAGCUGUGCGGCAGGCGCAGCGUGUCCCUGCGGGGGGCGCUGCAGAGUCAGGCCGACCGCUUCGUCCACCGCUUCCACGAGGAGCGCAAGACCAAACUCAGUCUCCUGCUGGAUAACGAGCGUUGGAAACAGGCGGAGGUUCCUGCCGAGUUUCAGGAGCUGGUCGACUCCAUGGCGGACGGCACCAUUGCGCUCGCCGUGCGCAAAGCAGCAGGUCCAGAUGAGAGGAAGCCGGGCGACUUCCUGCUGGUGAAGGGGCACAAGUACGCCGUGGUGGGGACGGUGCUGCUCCUCAUCCGGAUCUUUCUGGAAUACUGCCAGUGCGUCAACGACAUCCCGGCCAUCGCCACCGACAUGUUGAUGCGGCUGGCUGACCUCCUCAAGCACUUCAACUCUCGCAGUUGUCAGCUGGUUCUCGGCGCAGGAGCUCUGCAGGUGGUCGGCCUCAAGACCAUCACCACCAAAAACCUCGCGUUAGCCUCACGCUGCCUGCAGCUGGUGGUGUUCUACAUUCCUGUCAUACGGCAACAUUUUGAGAGCAAGCUUCAGUCCAAGCACUUGAGCGUCCUCAGACACUUUGACCACAUCAUCAAGGACUAUAACGACCACGUGUCCGAAAUCUGGGCCAAGCUGGUGGCCAUCAUGGACAGCGUGUUUGAGAAGGUGCUGACCAAGUAUGAGGUGAAGGCCCCGAUGCCGUCGGCGUGUUUCCGUAACGUGUGCAAGCAGAUGGUCAAGAUGCACGAGGCCAUCAACGACCUCCUGCCCGCCGAGCAGACGCAGAUGCUGUUUGUCCGGAUCAACAGCAGCCUGAAGAUGAACCUGAAGAGGCAGCUGGCUCGACUCGGCGUGGUCAACGACGGCGGGCCUCAGCACGGGCUGGUGGUGGUGGACGUGGCCUUCUACACGGAGAACGUGCAGGCCCUCAAGAACCUGGAGACUUUGGACCUCAACAUGGCCGAGAUCUGGGAGCAGAAGAGGUGACCCUCCGCUGACGCCGCCGACAGCAACGUUAUCGGAAACAAGACGGCGGACGAUCGGCGGGACCGGAUCGCCACGGAAAGCCAUCCGGACGCUUCGUGGAUGCGCGGAAGCUCAACGUCUCGCGUGUACAAGGACGCUCUUCGCCAGCAAGACAACCAAGCACCACGAGUUCAGCGACUGUCUUACUAGCAACGUUAUUCCUCCACUACAAAUGUCACUUUUGGCCCACUCGUACGCAAAACUAGUCCAAGAAUCCAAUAUCCUACACACUUUACGAGCAAGCCAAAGCUGACAACUGACGAGUACUUAUGUAGUGGAAUUUUAGAAUCUGACCAGUUAGCAACGAGUUGCCCAGUUGAGACCAGUCAAAAAUGAUUGGUUCAUACAUAAACACAAACACACACACAGACACACAACCCGAAGAAGCUGUGGACCAAACUGUGACUUCUCCAUAAGUGCAAUGCGGCAUCUCAGGACACCUGGGACGUUCCUUUUCAUAAGUUGUACAUUAAAUUGUUUUUCUCUUCAAA